AUGGCAUAUACAGGGGCCUCGCGUCUACAGGGGGCCCCCUAUACCCUAGACCCAUUAGAGGGUAUACAGGGGCCCCCAAUAAAUUAUUACCUGGGGGCCCCCGGUGUCCCCCUACCGAAUGAGCAGGGGCCCCUCCAUGGGUCCCUCCAGGGGCCCCCUGGGGGCCCCCUACCUCCCUUGGGCCCCUCUCCCCCUCGUGAGGUGUAUAUACAGGGUACCGUGUUGCUGCAGCAGCUAGCUAAGGCUCAUGGUAUAGAGCCAGCAGCAGCAACAGCAGCAGCAGCAACAGGAGAUGAUCCUUCUCUAUCCGAGGGAGCAGCAAGACUUAUUUAUGCUGCUGUUGAGGGGAGACUCCUCCAGCUCCUAUCUUUAUCAUUACGUUUAUGCCGUCGUAGCGCUCGUGUUGCAGCAGCAAAUGUCUUAUGUGUCUCUGAUGUUAAGGAGGCAAUGAGGAUACUUAAUUUUAAGCAAAUAUGUUUAGGUGUACAUUGGUUAGCUAUUGAGGGGACUGUCCCUAAAUUGCCACAGAAUGAGGCCCCUCCUUGGUCCCUUCUUGCUGCUGCUGCUGCUGCUGCUAAUAAUAAUAAUAAUAAUAGUAAUAGGGGAGAUAGUAGUGCAGCUGCAGCUGCAGCAGCAGCAGCAAAGGAGGGGAGGAUAGGCAGCAAAAAUGCUGCAGCAGCAGCAGCAGGAGGUGCAGCAGCAAACAACAACUUCACACUACGACUGUACACCAAACCCCAGCAGCACCAGCAGCAGCAGCAGCAGCAGCAGCAAGAGCAGCAGCAGCAGCAGCAGCAAGAAGAUGAGGAGGAUGGAGGGGCAGAGUUGCUGCCUGUUGAGGAAUUACUUGUUGCACCUAAAGUUAACUGCGUACUUGGCAAGGAGCAGCAACUCUUUUUAGCGUCAAUAAAUGAGACAUUAGAGGCAGCAAUGAAGGAGAGGGCAGGAAUUGAUAGCGCAAGGGCAUUUGAUAGAACACUAAAUGUAUUACGUAACUUAUGUGCUGUUGAGCCUUUGCUUCCUUCCUUAGCUCAUGUAUUUGCUAGCCAGGUGCAUCAAUUUGCUGUCCCCUUGAUGGAUUGUCUCUUAGCUCCCUUACCUCAACUGUCUCCUCUUUCUUUGUCUCCUGCAGCAGCAGGAGCAGCAGCAGGUGCAGCAGCAGGAGCAGCAGCAGCAGGUAGGACACCAAGCCCAUCAUCAGGAUCAUCAGGAUCAGCUGAAUCAGCAGCAGCAGCAGCAGCAGCAGCAGCAGGAGUAGCAGGAGCAGGAGGAGACAGAUUAUCCUUCACUGAGCUGUGCGAACAGCUCACAGAAAAGGAGCGACAAUCUACUGAGGGACAAGAAGCUGCAUUAGGUCAUAUAUUUGCUGUCUUAGAGGACGCAGAGGAUGGCCUAAGGGAUGCAUACACCCCAAUAGUUGCUGCUGCUCUCCGUCGUGCUGCUGCUGCUGCUGCUAAUGCUGCUGCUGUAAAGAAAGCAGCAGCAAACUUGCUGACACAUAGAUACCAGCAACCACAAGAAUUAUACAAACAAAAACAGCAGCAGCAGCAGCAGCAACUGCAGCAGCUGCAGCAAAGGCAGAAGCAGCAAAGACAAAAAGAUGUCAAGGAAUUUAUACACAGAAUUGUGCUGCUGCUAACAAAGAUGCAGCAGCAGGUGCAGCAGCAGCAGCAAAUGCAAACAGACAAGCAGCAGCAACACCAGCCUGUCAAGAAGCAACAGCAGCAGAAACAGAAACAGCAGCAGCAGCAGCAGCAGCAGCAGCAGCAGCAGCAGAAUAGUGUACGUUUUUCUAUACAAGACGUACCCAACUGUAUGGCAAAUGCGCUGCUUGAAUUAGUUGUCUAG